AAGGGGCGCAAUUUAGAUUCUCUCACUUCCUGAUCCGGGGAGGGGAAGCGCGUGCGCCUGUUUAUCCUCGGUUUUUUAAUACGAGCUUCAAUUUAUUAAGUUUUCAGACUGUGAUCCUGGAGAAGGUCCUCUGCUGGGUUAUUUGAGCUCGACAUGCACUGCUUCCACCAGAGUUUAGAGUUGUAAAUAGUGGCUUUUAGAAGAACGGACUAGAGUUUGGAUGUUUUAAACACCCUGACCCGGAAAAAAACGCUCUCUUUCCUCGAAGGCUGCAGGUCCAGCGAGGUUUAAGCCAUGUCGGACGGACGGAUCUACGUGGGAAACCUUCCCAUGGAAGUUCAGGAGAGGGACAUUGAGGAUCUCUUCUACAAAUAUGGAAAAAUUCGGGAUAUUGAGCUGAAGAACAACAGAGGCACCAUCUCGUUUGCCUUUGUGCGAUUUGAGGAUCCACGGGAUGCCGAGGAUGCGGUCUUUGGAAGGAAUGGAUAUGCUUUUGGAGACUGUAAGCUGCGUGUGGAAUACCCUCGUUCUUCCGGAUCCAAAUUUAGUGGACCUUCAGGAGGAGGAGAAGGUGGAAGAGGAGGAGGAGGAGGAGGAGGGCCACGGGGAAGGUUUGGGCCCCCGACACGUAGAUCUGAGUUUCGUGUUAUUGUAACCGGUCUUCCUCCCACUGGCAGCUGGCAGGACCUCAAAGACCACAUGCGUGAGGCUGGAGACGUGUGUUUCGCUGACGUGCAGCGUGACGGCGAGGGCGUGGUUGAGUUCCUCAGACGUGAGGACAUGGAGUACGCACUGCGGCGUCUGGACAGCACAGAGUUCAGAUCACACCAGGGAGAGACGGCCUACAUCAGAGUCAUGGAGGAGCGAGGCACAAGCUGGGGUCGCUCGCGUUCCCGGUCCAGGUCUCGCGGACGCUACUCGCCCGCGUACCAGAGCAGAGGGUCUCCGCCCCCCCGGUACCGAUCGCCACCGCGUCACAUGACCCGCCAUAGCCCGCCCUCCCGCCGCCCCCCCCUCCAGCAUCACAGCCCGCCGCCACGCCACUAUCGAUGAGCGCCAGCUCCUUUUCUCGGCCGUCACCCCCUCUUUUCCUUUCUCAAUUUUGUAAUUUACAUUCCAUUUUAGGAACCCGAAUGGCCUUAUUCACCGUUCAGUUCAUGCGAAUAUGUAAAUGCUCAUGUGGAUGAUAAUGCGUGUGUGUUUUCAGAACAGAUGCGGUUGUGAUGAAUAACCCGUUUUGUCCUUUGUGAUUGACAUGAGGCGAUAUUAAAGACGUGCUGUUUGUGAUUAAUCUGGUCUAUUUCAUAAACAUGACUUUUUUAUGAUUUGAAUAAAAGGCUGGAAUUUUUAAAAUGUUUCUUUCUGGAAUUUCCCCCUAUGUGAUUUUUUUUUUUCCUCUUUUCGGUUUGUUUUGUAUUAUGUGAUGACUGUAUGCAUAAUUUUUUUUUUUUUUUCAAUUAAAGCAUCAAGUCAAAUUUA